AUGCGACUUCCCUCGUCCCAACGCAACAUAGUCGAACUAGAAAAAAUAACCACCUCUUCUUCCGAUGACGACCCACCCACCCCGACUCCAAUGUCCUCAACGGACCACAUUCUUCUAAAACCAGCCGCCACGACUUUCGACUCUCUACAAAGUCUCGAAGACGGUACUAGCAUCACCGCUCCUGCUCAAUGGCAUAAGGCAGUUCCAUCAGGGAUUAUCGAGCGGAUAAAUCGUGGUACAAAAGCAUCCAGAAGAGAUUAUACAGAACUAUCUCAGAGUGGUGACGAGUUGGGCGAGGAUGAAGAAGAUUCGGCCGCAAAGUUGAAGAAACAAAAGAUUAUAUUACACGACGGCCUUAGCGAGAGUAGACCAGAAAGGAGUUUGGCUUUAGAGGCAAUGCCACCUCUGUUAAUAUCUGUAGCAGGAUUGAUGUUUACCGGCUGGCUUCUGGAUGUCGUUCAAGAUUGGAAGGUUUUUAAACGAAUAAACGAAUUGUUUAUACUGGUGCCGGUUUUGUUAAAUCUAAAGGGCAAUUUGGAGAUGAACUUGGCUUCAAGAAUGUCGACUUCGUCGAACUUGGGUGAACUAGAUCAAGCAUCAGCCCGGGACGCAUUAAUCUGGGGCAAUCUUGCUCUCCUACAAGUUCAAGCUCUAAUUGUAGGCGCGGUCGCGGGUUUCUUCUCUUUCUCUGAGGAAUUGGCUUUCCAUCCUCACGCUAAUACGUAUUUUGAAAGUAUGCUGGUCAUUGUAGCGAGCAUGAUAUGUGCUACAUUAAGUAGUAUGAUACUAGGAACAUUUAUGUGUGCUUUGAUUAUCGUGUCAAGGAAAUUUAGAAUUAAUCCUGAUAAUAUUGCAUGUCCUAUGGCGUCAGCACUGGGAGAUUUACUUACUCUAAUUAUAUUGGCUGUCUGCAGUGACUUUCUACAAAAGUAUAUGUUUACUUGGAUGAGUACUUGGAUGUUCGUAAUUCUUACAUUCAGUAUCCCGCUGUGGGCCCGUCUCGUAUGGACUAAUAAAUAUGUACAAGAUUUACUAAUUAACGGUUGGGUUCCAUUAUUCGUAGCAAUGAUAAUUGCAAGUAUUGCUGGCUUAGUUUUAGAAAGAUAUAUUAAAAUGUACCAAGGCCUAGCCGUGCUAACGCCUGUAUUGAAUGGGCUAGCCGGCAACCUUGGCUCAAUUUACGCUUCACGAAUAUCAACCCGUUUACACAGCGGUACUGAAGAGGAUUACAAGUCAUCAGAAAAAACAUUAUUCCUUAUCCAUAUACCAAUCGAAAUCCUAUUUCUCUUAGUUGCAUGGUGGUUGGAUCUCGGACAUUUACCGUUGGGAUUCUGCGUAUUAUUUACCCUCGUUCUGACAAAGAAUUUGACAUUAUGGUUGUGGAGACACAAAUAUGAUCCUGAUAAUUAUUCUAUGCCGUACAUAACGGCGAUAGUAGACGUGGUUGGUACUGGGUUAUUGGUUCUAUCAUAUUCGGCAUUAGGUAUGCUCGGUGAAAAAAUCGAAAAGCACCACUAG